CGGGUCUGCUUACGAUGGCGGCCACGAUGGUGUACACGUGCCAGCACCACUACAAGUGCACGGAGACGUACCCGACGCUCUCGACGGCGGCGAUGGCCCAUCCGCAGUUCUACGUCUUUGGCAUUGGCAUGAACCUCACGUCGUACUUUAUCUUCCUCACGAUUUCGCUCCUCACGACGUACAUGCAAGAGCAGCGCACGAUGACCAAGUACGCGUGGGUGUACUAUGUCUGGGGUCUCCUCACAUCGGCCGGCCUCACGGUCCUCUGCACGUUCGACAUGAAGCGCUGGCGCAACACGCACAUCAUCUCGACCAUCUUCUUCUUUCUGAGCUCGUGGAUCAUGAUGAUCAUGGCCCAAAUCGCGCGCCUCCGCAUUGCGUCGCCGGCCCACGCGUACCACGUCAAGUGGGGCUCGUUCUUCAUCGGCCUCGGCGUUUUCCUGACCUCUACGUUCGGCUUCUUCUAUGUGACCGUCCACGGCUACAUUGCCAACCCGUAUGGCCUGACGUACUCGCAGGAGGCGCUCCUCGAGCUCUUCUCGAUCGUGUGCCAGCUCUUGUACAUGGGCACCCUCUCGUCCGAAGUCGGAUCGCUCCAGUCCUUCCAGAAGCAGCGGCCGUUCCUCCGCGCCAUGGACUACGGUGCCUUGGUCGUCCUCGUCGCCGCCGUCUUUGCAGUCGAGUGGCUUUAA